UCUGAUCAGCAGCUUCACACUGAGGGCUGUUGGACUCAUUGAACAAUUAGGGCAUCUGAUAGAGUCAGGCUUGAAGGCUCGAAGCACUACUGUACCGGGCACACUGUGUGCGCCACACAAAGACUGAACAAACACAGCACUUCAGGGAGCACAUGGCCCUUUGGAAAGCAGUCUUUUUUUCUUUUAUUCUGACUGCUGAUUGCUGGCAUGAUUUGGAUAACACAGAAUAUGAUUGCUGGCCAAGUAUCAAGCCUAAUGAGUACAAUAUGAUUGACUGUGGAGGACUUGAGAUGUCUUGGGUCAAGCGUCCGCCUGAGAAAGUUACAAGUGGGCAGGAGUUCAAUGUCACCUACACUGUUACCCGCCUCCGAUUCCUUCUACGACUAUGCAGUGAAAAAUGCAAUCCUCAAGUUUAGUGACGCAUCUAGUGCCAAGUGGUUCUGUAAUGACAAUGCGUGCCCAGAGAACUGGAAGGAUGCCAAUGAGGACAACUGCUGUAUUUAUCAUGCCAACAUCCAUUCCUGCCCACUAGCAUUCAUGAAGGAGGGUGGCAUUUGCGGUCCUUGGAUCCCAGACGAUGGUAAAAUCGUCACACACACUUUAUCGCAAGCUGGCAAAAUGUCUCAACUAAACUGGACAUCUAAGGUGGUAUUGGCCCAUCUUGGAGUCACUUCAAUGAUUGCACACAUUAAAAUCGGAAAGAUGCACGCUGCAUUAGAAGCCAAGACAUCAGUUCUCAGUGCACAAGUGUGUGGCGAUGAUAUCUGUGAGCCUGAGGAAGGGUGUUUAAUAUGUCCAGCAGACUGCGGCACCUGCCCCAUGCCACUAACUACCAAAAUUGCGAUUGCACUUCCCGUAGCUCUCUUCUGUGGUGGCUUCAUACUAACCAUUGUGUGGCUUCAGUAUCAGAAACAGAAGAUGUUUUGGGAUGAGAGCUGGAUCAUCCAUUUUAAUGAUUUAAUGAUCGGCAAAGGGGGCUGUGGGGGAUUCUGCAGUACCACGAGUUUACAACCUGUCAACAGCUACUCCAAGGGAAGUCAUGUCACUGAUGUUACUCUCGACAAUGCUGUAGCCAAUUCCACUCUCAAACAGAACUACAUACAGAUUGGCAUUUAUGACGGAAGGACAGUAGCAGUCAAACUAAUUCACAAGAAACAUUUCACCCUUGUCAAAACCAUCAGGAAAGAAGUGAAGCAAGUAAGGGAACUGGAUCACCCUAAUCUUUGUAAAUUCAUUGGUGGCUCCAUUGAAGUCCCCAACGUUGCCAUAGUGAUAGAAUACUGCCCCAAAGGAAGCCUCAUGGAUGUUCUUUUAAAUGAAGAUGUUCCGCUGAACUGGGGUUUUCGGUUGUCAUUUGCAACAGAUAUCGCUCGUGGAAUGGCCUACCUUCACCAGCAUAGAAUAUUUCAUGGAAGACUUCAUUCCAAAAACUGCGUCAUUGAUGACAGAUGGGUUUGCAAAAUUGCAGACUAUGGCCUUACCAUGUACAGAAAGGAGGAUUUUGAGAAAGUCACCAGUGGAUUUCAUGAAAAAAUCAACCGCAUCUACUGCGCACCAGAAGUGUUCCUAGGAACAUGUACCAAUGCAACCCCUGCUGCAGAUAUAUACAGCUAUUCAAUCAUACUCAUUGAGAUUGCAACCCGCUGCGACCUUAUUUCAGUGGACACUGGUCCUGAAAAGACUGAUGUGUUAUGGCGCCCCCCUCUGCCUGAGAUGAGGAAUGAAAAAAUGGACAAUGAUUGUCCAAAGCAGGCAGAUUAUUUUGAGCUUAUCAAAAAAUGCUGGCACCAUAACCCUGCUAUGAGGCCUGCAUUCGAGCAGGUUAGGAAGAUGCUGGACAGGAUGAAUCCUCACAAAGUGAGCCCAGUGGACAUGAUGAUGAACCUGAUGGAAAAAUACAGCAAGCACUUGGAAGCGAUUGUAGCAGAAAGAACCCAGGAUCUUCUUCAGGAGAAACAGAAGACAGAUCGUUUGCUAUACAGCAUGUUACCAAAACCAGUAGCGGAUGACCUUCGCCAAGGACGUACAACAGAAGCUCAGAGCUACUCGAACGCGACAGUGUAUUUCAGUGAUAUUGUGGGGUUUACUCAGCUCUCUGGAGCAAGCACCCCACAUCAAGUUGUUGAUUUCCUAAACAAACUCUACACCACAUUUGAUGAUAUUAUUGACAGUUACGACGUCUACAAAGUUGAGACAAUUGGAGAUGCAUACAUGGUUGUUUCAGGGGUUCCCAAUGAAAAUGGCAUUAACCAUGCAGGGGAAAUUGCCAGCAUGGCACUGGAUUUGGUUGAAGUUUGCCACGCCUUUGAAAUCCCACACAAGCCUGACAUGCAGCUGAAGAUAAGGGCUGGCAUUCAUUCAGGGCCUGUGGUUGCUGGUGUAGUCGGGACAAAGAUGCCUCGGUACUGUUUAUUUGGAGAUACAGUGAAUACAGCAUCAAGAAUGGAAUCCACAAGUGAAGCAUUGAAAAUACAGUGCAGCUAUAGUGCCGGAGAACUUCUGAAACAAUUGGGUGGGUAUAUCUUGGGCUGCCGUGGAUCCCUCAGUGUUAAGGGUAAAGGUGAAAUGACUACUUGGUGGCUGGAAGGCAAGGACGUUGAUUGUGAUGCAAAAGUGACAACUCUGACUCCUCUAGAAAACAGCCCACCUUACACAGUCCCAGGAUACCUGAGCAACUGAGUACUGGUGAAUCUUACUAUGGGCUGAAUUCAAUUAGAAAAGAUAGCAAUACUAUACAUACACUAUAGCAGUGCCAUAGCCAUUCAACAACAGGUCACUAUAGACAUGGCUGUGGUAGUGUUAUUAUUUUUGUUUAAUUCGGUUCUAUGUAGUUCUCAGCAAAACCAAGUGACAGUGCAAUAAUACUUUGUAAUUAAUGAAUUAUAAUAUGUGGUACAUUUUGCAACAUUAAUAUUGCAUUACUGUGUUUAGUAUCCUUUUAUUUAAAAUAUACAUAACUGCACUUUGUAUCUUGUAUUUCAUUGUCAUAACAGUAGCUACCAAUUUUAAGGCACAGCUUAGUGUAAUAAAAUAUUAACUCAAGUUAAUUGUUUACUGUACUCAAAGGGAUGUGAAAAUACUGCAUAAGGCAUAGUUCACAGAAUAGACCAUUGUUGGUAAUUAAGCGUGUUUUACUCUAACACAAAUGUUUAUGAGGACUUAUAAUACAUUAAUUUUAUAGGUCUUGCAUUGAAUGCAGUGAUAUCCACCAUGUGUCAACCUAUUGGGGAAAAAAGUACAGUCAUAUGAAGCAGUUGAUUUUUUAAGAUUUAGAUUUUACUAUACAGUACAUGUUCAAACAUCAUAAUACAGCAAAAUGAUGGUCAGAAUAGAGAGGUUCCUCUUUAUGCUUCCUGUGUGGAGUGGCUGUCAGAACCAAGAAUAUACUAAUCAAAACUGCAUUCAAUGUGCGAUAUACUUCAUUCACUGCAAAUAGCUUCAAACAAUCUCAGCAACAAUACAUCACAAGCUCAUGUAGACCUAAUAUGUUAUUAAGAUAAUGUCAUGCUCAUUGAAUAAAACAC